AUGUCCCGUAUGGAACUAUACUCACCAGAGGGACUCCGGAUUGAUGGAAGGAGGUGGAACGAAUUGCGUCGGUUCGAGUGCCAGAUCAAUACCCAUCCACAUUCUUCGGAUGGCUCUUCAUAUGUGGAACAUGGAAAUACGAAGGUGAUGUGCAUUGUCAAGGGACCUAUGGAACCUCAUUCAAGAGCACAGCAAGAUCAGACGGAUGCAUCAAUAGAAGUCAAUAUAAACGUUGCCAGUUUUUCGACUCUAGAAAGAAAAAAGAGAAACAAAAACGAAAAACGUAUUGUGGAGCUUAAAGCUACGCUUGAAAGAACUUUCGAACAGAGUGUGCUCACACAUCUAUACCCUAAAACGUUGAUCGAAAUAGAGGUUCAGGUAUUGGCGCAAGACGGUGGAAUGUUGGCCAGUAUCACCAAUGCAAUCACUUUGGCUCUCAUAGAUGCAGGUAUUGCUAUAUAUGAUUACGUUUCCGCCGUGACAGUGGGCCUACAUGAUCAGACGCCAUUAUUGGAUCUUAAUUCGUUGGAGGAGGGAGAUAUGAGCUGUUUGACUGUUGGGGUUGUGGGUAAGAGCGAAAAGAUGGCUAUGUUACUUAUGGAAGAUAAAAUGCCCAUUGAUCAUUUAGAGUCAGUAUUGGGAAUAGCUAUUGCGGGAAGUCAUAAAAUAAGAGAGUUACUUGAUGACGAGGUCAGAAGGCACGGAAACAAAAGACUCGCCAAACUACAGAGCAAGGCCUAG